CACGCCGGAAGCGGUAGCGCGGGUGGCGCGGUGCUGUACGAGGACCUGCCGGAAGCGGUGACGCACUCGCAGCUGCACAAUCACCUGCCGAGCCAUCAUCCGAGCCAGGCGCCGACGAUCGAGAUGCUGGACGUGAAGGAUAGCAACCGAGGGGUGUUCGUGUGUAGCAGUCCAGGUCCUGAUCCGUACACGUCGCAGGACCUCUACAAUCCUGUCUACGAGGAGCUCAGCAACGGGGACCAUCCGGAAACGGACGAGGAGAGCGAGCUGAACGCACGGAACAGACUGCACCAUCAUCAUCACCAUCAUCGGCAUCAUCAUCGGCCGUCGUCGAAGCCGGCGAGCGAGGACGAGUUCGCCGAGGACGAACUGUCGGUCGGCGAACCGUCCGAGGCCAGGAUGCUGACGUCGACCGGCCCGACCUGGGGCACCUGUCCUGCCGGUGGCAGGCCAUCGCGAGAGAAACGGGGCAGGAGUCCCAGGAGCCUCGACAGACGCAGGAGAGACAAGAAUCACGAUGUGGGAGAAUUUCACGAGGGAAUGCUGCUGGACGCGUUGCUGCAGCUCUAUCCCAGCGUCGCAGGUGUAGCUGGCAACCGAUCGAAUAGCAAUCAACGACAACAGUCCGUCCCUUCGGUGGCCCACAGGUUACCCUAUUUCGUGCCACCGAUGCCAGCCACCCAGGCGCUCAGGGUCGAGGAGAACCCGUACGAGAGCGUACCAGUGUUAGGCCCUCUCCAUCACUAUUCCAGCCAAAGCAGAAGCAACAAGGACAGGUCACGCAAGUCGAACGACAAGUACAAGUACUCGACGCAAUACGGGGCCGAGUAUUACGGGCUGCAGAACCAGGACACGACCCCUGUGUACACGCAGGUCGGAGGAGAGUAUACGGACACCUAUUCGCAGCCGACUGACCGUCUUUACAACGAGGACAAAUACACGCAACCGGUGUAUUACGCGACGAGGGACGGCGACCAGAUUUCUUCCGGCAGGUUGUACCAGGCCCAACCGGACAGCAGUUUCGGUAGCGAUAGCGGGUACAGCCAUCACACUUCCGGUACGACCGGCACCACCGGCACACGCAGCAGCAACUCGAGGACAAAUCAUAGGAAGGACAAACACCGGAAUUCGCAUCAUUCCCAUCAUUCCGCGGACUACAUCGUGUCCUAAUGCUCGACCGUGAACGGUACGCUUCGAACGAAGGACAAUCUGCGAAGAUGACGAAGAUCGGAUGAAUGUUGUAAUUACUUUUCUAAAAAGUAACGAUCCCGCGUUUUCUUUCGCGUAUUUAUUUUGUAAAUCGUUUUUAUUCUGUUUCUUUUUUAUCGGAAGAAUAGAGUAUUUUAUUUUCGUACGCCAGGCAACGAGAGGCUUGCGCAUUUAUUUUAUUAUUUGGUCCUUGUUAUUAUGAUUGUUGCGCGUGAUAUAGAAAGUAUUUUAGUAUUUGGAGACGUAACGUCGGAAAUCGAACGUCGACGGAAGUUUGUGCUUCUGAUAUCUACCGGAGCAAUAGAAAAGACUAUAAGAAACCUCGACGAUCAGAUAUAUUCUAGGGCGCGACACACUCACGGAAAAACACAGUGAUCUCUUAGUGAUUUAGUAAGACUAUUUAAAAAAAUUAUUUGUAAUCUAAUGAGACUCAGGCUGGUACCAAAGGACGCUAUUAAGUAAUCCGACUUUUUAGCCUUCUAGUUUGUAAUUUAAUACACGUAGAGCUGCUCGCGAGACAAUUAUUAUUAAAGAGAGUAAAACGUCGGAAAUCGUGACGAGACGUGCGACUACCUACGCGUCUCUUCGCACUGACGAAUGAAUUUUAACGCGUUCGAGAUCGCUAAAUCUAUGCAGAGAACGAUCGACCGAAAUCUGAUUAGUAUUGAUUGAUGUCGCGACGGUGUUUUGUCGAAUGUCUCGACAUCGAUCGGUUCCAAUGGUGCAAUUCAUCUCGAGCUACCGGUCUCGAACGCGUUAGACGAUUUCAACGAGAGAAGGGAAAGGUGAACCGAUCCACUGCCAAACGAUCCUAAAUAAUUUCGCAAAGACUGCCAUCGAUUAAGAGAUAUCAGUCAUUGGCGUAACUAGGUAGCUCAAGCUGGCCCCUUUUCGACAUCUAGCUUCGUAGAACACCUUACAUUAGAAAUUCAGAAAUCUCCAAAAUUUCCCUGAUAGGUUAAUAAAUCUGGGCCACAUCCGAGAAUCAUCCUAAUUACGCCGAUGUUAUCAGCCAUAAUUACGUACAAAUUACAGUUUGAUACGCGUUCGUCCCCGAAACAGACACUUAGAUUAGCACCUAAAUACCUUCUCGUGCACUUAGCCAUUCGCAACGAAUUCAUUCGGAACGCAUACACGUACACGCUAGUAGUUUCACCAGUAAUUUAAGCACCGAGUUGCAACUUUUCCUCGUCAAUUACGAACGCUAGGUAAUUAUCGUAUAGCGUAAGAACGCGGGAACGAGUUCUAUCCAGCGAACGAUCAGGACAACCUCGUACGAGAUGCGUUUCAAUCGGAAAACAUAACAGGAAAAUCCAUGAGGGAACUUUCUCGAAAGCCUCGAUGCUCCUCCAAAGAGAAUAGAUAGCGCUUCUUUCUGCGAGUCCUUCCCCUGCUGCACGUUCCUCAUUCUCAAAUCUCUUCUGUAAACCCGGCAAAACGAUAACGUGAAAGCUAUCGACAACGUAGACGUCUUUCCCAAAGGAUCAAACAACGUCGCUGCAUGUCGCCUUCUUUAUUUUUUUAAAAACCAAACGAUCUUUACUACGGGAAAUGGCGUUCGCAGAGGGAAGGAGGACAUCGGGUUUUAGGGUACGUUUUCACCUAAAUCAUCAAUUUUUAUUCACGCGACACUGACAUUUUUCUUCAAUUAUUUUCCCAUAGUAUAUUCCUAGAUGCCAUUAAAAGUCGCAAAUUUUUUUUUGUAACAUUAUGACUUUUUUGAACAUAUUUUUACGCAAUCUCGCUUGUAAUACUUUAUUCCCUAUCGUGACGCCAUUGCAAUUUCUCCGAAUGUUUCCGCACUAUUUUAUAUCGUGUACGUGACAAAAUUGCUGCUGUCGUGACAGCAUGACAUUGAGACUCGUAAUGUCCGCAAGGAUAAUGACAUUUGGAACCGCCACAUUAAAUGUGGUUUAUCGACGCACGAAAACGUACCCUAAGAUUAAAGAUCAUAAUAAAAAUAUCGUACGAUAUGAUGUCGGUAGUCGCACGAUUUUCUGCUCGCGAGGCGACUCGAUCACAGAGAAAGAUACAAACAGACAGACCAAGAAGAAGAUUCUGAAAGGAUAGUAGAGAGGACAGUGUUCUUACUAGGCUGUACAGGCUCUGCACAUGCUGGUACACGAUACAAAGGCAACUAUAGCUAUACAAUACCGUAGACUUAAGAAAGCGGACAAGCAUUAUUCGCGAGCGAUCCCGUGUAAAUAAACGAGGCAGGAAGCGAAAGGGAGAACGAGAAUGAGAAAAGCGUCCGGUGGUUUACCAUCGGUGUAGCAUACCUGUAUCAUAUCGUUAUCAGACUAUCUCGCGUGCAUGCGUGUGUGACGUGUUCCCUAAGCGACGAGCAAUGGACAAAAGAUACAGAGAAUGAAUUUAAUAUAUAUAUAAAGUAUAUAAUUUUUAAAUUAUUUAUAACGAGCUGCGCGUUGUAUAGCGCCGAUAGAGACUUAACGGGUGAAUAAGAGAGUGAGAUAGAAAGUGAGAAGGUGAUCAAAUGAGUUUUUCGAACCGUCUAACACGUUGAAGUGCACUAAUUUUCAAUUUAGACAAAAAGAUUCUGAACCUCACAAUUUCAGCAAUAAACUAGCGAAUCGAGGUAUAAUUUUUUAACGGAAAAUUUCACGCUUAACGUUGUGCUUUCAUCGAUAUUGGCACGACAUGCGUUAGUAUCUCCGAUAACGUAUGUUACGAUUGUUUCUACUAUGCCACUCAACGUGUUAAACAGGUUGUCUGGAAACGUUCCAGAUUCUCCCUUUGGCUUCCUGCUACUGUACACACUUUAGAUGCAUGUAGAGCGAAUACCUCACGAAAAAGAUAAAGAUCACUCUGUUGUAAAUAUAAUUUUAUAUGUACAAGCCGAGAAAUCAGGUGUGUGCGUAGGUUACUUAGCGGACACCACUAUUGGACACACGAUCGUGACGCGUUAUCCUCUCUCCCUCGAUUUCAAAUUCACUUCAAAUACACAAAAGUUACAAUCGAGACCAUUAGGUAUACGUAAAAAAUUUCAAAGUUAAUUUCUAGUCAAAAUUCUCCCGAUCUGCAAAUUUCAUUGGAGCUCACUUUUUCGUUGCUCGAACAUCAAACCGAAGGUAUCGAUCUAGAGGGACGUUCGAGGGUAACGAGUUCGCGUUCGAGGAUAAAGGUGAACUGUAGGUGGUAUUACAUGUACUUAUCGGGGGGGAUAGGGGGAAAACGAAAGCGCACGACCAGUCACAAUGUAUGAUCAAAGAUGCGUACAAUCAAAGAGUGCAGGGAGAGAAGAAUGAAAGAAGCGAACGAGUCGCGAGAACACGCACGAUGGAAUUAGAAUGGCAAACGCUUUUGUACGAUUUUACGUCCAUGUUAGUCAAACGUUUCUCGAGAUCGUUUUUUAUAUAUACGGUAUAUAAAAGUAUAUGUAUACACACAGAGAAAAACACACUCGUGUACAGUAGGUACGACGAAACCUAAUUUAUUAUCAUUGUUCUCAUUUCGAAGAAGACGGGGUCUUUUUAUACCCCCGUGAGGGUGAGAACUCUCGAGAGAAAGCGUCGAUAGUAUUCCUCGCGAGCGGAUAGUAUCGAGAAUAGUGUUCGUUCGCGAGAAACGUCGGCAGCUUCUGACGCGAGUUUUGAUACCCUUCGUACACGUACUUUGUCGCAAUCGAAUUGUUAUAUUAUCGAUAUUCAUGCAAACCGCGUAUAACGUAUUGAUUAUCAUUAUUAUCACUAUGCUGGGGAGGUGCUUGAUUUUCGCCUUUCGUUGUUUCGUUCCUUCCGAACAUUUCGUUGGCUGGCCAAUUGGCGAUGAAAGCACGAUGCGAUACAAAAGAGAAGGAAUAGCAAGAACGAACGAAAGGAAGAUUUCUUGUCCCUUUUUGAAAACGCGUAUACGAGUCGCGAGGUUAUUAUUUAUUGUUGCGUUCGAACGGGAGAACGGAGGGUUGUCGGCCCUCCUUUGCCCCUUUCUACAGUCUCGCUAAUCUUAGCUGCGAUUUAGCGAUAUAGGCAGAAAAAAACCAGACGACAGAAAACAUAGGCACUAGAGUACCUCGGAUGGUAACAAGUAGCACUCUUGAAAGUUAGCUUGCACGGGCGUUCUCCUUUUCCAUCGCGCCGUCUUGAGGGUGAAUCGGAAAGAAGGGUGAAUGAAAAGGGAAAGAUAGAAUCGAUCGUCGAAACGGGACGAAGGUCGUGAGGAAAUAAAAUAAGAAAAUAGAGCUCGUGAAAUCGGCCCGAUCGAUGGGGAGAACACCAGCUCGCAGAACAGGGUAACUAGCUCUAACAUCUAUCUCUUACAUCAUUUAAGAAAUGGAAAAUAAAAAAAAACUCUAUCACACUCGUUCACCUUAUGGUAUCACAGGUUCACUCUAAUCACGAAUGUCGGCCAAGGCUAACUCGAGACACUAUCACACCUUCGUACUAAUAAACGAUUUACUAUUCAAUUUCA